UCGGCGCGCAUGCGUUCCCCGCACCCGCCUCAAGUCGCAACCGCGUACUGAGCACUUUUCUUAUUAAACUCAUUCAUAUAAACACUUGGACUGUCACAUGAAGGCGGGGCUCCCUGUAACUCCACAGUGACGUGAUGAGGCUUGUCUUGGUCAAACCUACCAAUGAAACGGGCCUUCUUGACUCCACCGGGGCUGCGCGCAGCGAAAGAGUGCCGGAUCAUUGCAACGCAAAGCGGCACUCCGCCGCAGGUGAGGCGGAGAUGCAGCAUCGCUACUCGGGAGCUGUCCAUCAGCACCACCGCCACCACCACAACGCGGAGCACAGGGGUGGCCCUAGACAGACCGCACACCCCUUGCCAAAACAGAGCCAAGAGAGCCUGCCCAGCCCUUUCAGUCAGGAAGCACCAGUCAAAAGCCAAGGGAGCAACCCAAGUCUCGCGGACUGUUCCAAACCCUCCCUAAGUCGGCAGCAGAGUGUUGCAGGGGCUGCCAAAACUGCGAAUUGCCAACAAGAUCACUGUUCGUGCAGCUGCGGAUUGCUAGAGCAUCAACAGCUGUUGCAGCAACAGCAGCAGCAUCAGCAUCACAACCCUCCACCUUCCCUCCAGCUACAGGUUCAGCAGCAGCGGCUGCUGAGGAGCAGCGUACCCAACUGCUGCGUGAGGGGAUCCGCGGAGCUAAGAAGCCAGCAGCCGUCUUUGCUGCAGCAGCACCGCGACAAAGACAGCCUGAGAUCAGGCGAGCAGCGGAAUCUAGCGUGGACGCCUGAUAGAUGCCAGGGAGCCAGGAACUCCGUUUCGCCGCGGAGUAAAAGCAGCCCGCUGUCCUCUGACAGUCGCCUGUGGCUCGAGGAGAAUAAACACAGACACGAAGGCUGCAAGGUGAAUGCGGAUGCCAACAGGCUGAGCCAUGCUGGAUCGCGGCCUUCCCUGUCCCACGGCAGCCCACAGUAUCCUCAGAUAGCCAUGAACAGCUGCAAGUACAAUGGGGGCAUAGUCAGACCACUCGGCAGUCUGGGGGCAUCCCGGAGGAACCUAGCAGAGCUGGACUCUGAGACACAGCCUUUGCAGACCCUGCACACUUCCGGCCUGGAGGUGGUGGUCUCCAAAGGGAAUGGGGAAGACCUUAGUAAGCAGUCCACUGAGAACCUUGUGAGGCAAAGACCAUGCACCGCUCCGCAUAAGAAGAACAAGGACAUUGGCUAUAAGCUCGGGCACCGGAGGGCACUGUUUGAGAAACGCAAGCGCCUUAGCGACUAUGCCCUGAUUUUUGGAAUGUUUGGGAUUGUUGUCAUGGUGACGGAGACCGAACUCUCCUGGGGAGUGUAUACAAAGGAAUCCUCAUAUUCAUUUGCACUGAAAUGCCUUAUUAGCCUCUCCACUGUAAUUCUGCUCUGUCUGAUCAUUAUGUACCACGCACGAGAGAUUCAGCUCUUUAUGGUUGACAAUGGAGCAGACGACUGGCGGAUAGCCAUGACAUACGAGCGUAUCCUGUUCAUCGUUUUGGAGCUGCUGGUGUGUGCCAUCCACCCCAUUCCAGGUCAGUACGUCUUCACCUGGACCGCCCGCCUGGCCUUCACCUACACCCCAUCUGUGGCGGAUGCAGACGUGGACAUCAUCCUCUCCAUCCCCAUGUUCCUGCGGCUGUAUCUGAUUGGCCGGGUCAUGCUCCUGCACAGUAAGCUCUUUACGGACGCCUCAUCACGCAGUAUCGGAGCCCUCAAUAAGAUCAACUUUAACACACGCUUUGUCAUGAAGACUUUGAUGACUAUCUGCCCAGGCACAGUCCUGCUGGUUUUCAGCAUAUCAUCAUGGAUCAUUGCUGCCUGGACUGUGCAUGUCUGUGAGAGAUACCAUGAUAAAGUGGAAGUCACCAGUAACUUCUUGGGAGCCAUGUGGCUGAUCUCCAUAACCUUCCUGUCUAUUGGUUAUGGAGACAUGGUGCCUAACACAUACUGUGGGAAAGGAGUGUGUCUCCUUACUGGAAUCAUGGGGGCCGGUUGCACUGCCCUAGUGGUGGCUGUCGUAGCCAGGAAGCUAGAGCUCACCAAGGCUGAAAAGCAUGUCCAUAACUUUAUGAUGGACACUCAACUCUGCAAAAGAGUGAAAAACACGGCUGCUAAUGUACUCAGGGAAACAUGGCUCAUCUACAAACACACAAAGCUUGUGAAGAAGAUUGACCAUGCCAAGGUCCGGAAACAUCAGCGCAAGUUUCUGCAGGCCAUUCACCAAGCUCAGAAACUGCGAAGUGUGAAGAUGGAGCAAAGAAAGCUGAAUGAUCAAGCAAACACGCUGGUGGACUUGGCAAAGACACAGAAUGUGAUGUACGACCUUGUCUCAGAGCUGCAGGAGCGCAGUGAGGAGCUAGAAAAGCGGAUCGGUCACCUAGAGGCAAAACUGGACUCCAUAAACAGCAGUCUGCAGGCUCUGCCUGGCCUGCUCUCACAAGCCAUACAGCAGCAACAGCACCACCUGCUGGACAGGCUGACCCAGCGAGGGUUCACUCUCACGACGCGACCCUCCUCACAGACCUCCGAACGCUCCUGGGCGUCAUCCGUGCACCGACGGAGAUCACCCUCUACUGCACCACACACGUCCUCCGAUAGCGGCUAGCACGCUCUCACACACACCAAACCAUACUCUAAACCUACACACACACACUCCUACACACCUCUGUCAUCAACUAACACUGCUAAAUAUACUUUUAGUACUAAAACGUUAACAAGAAUGACAACUCCAACACACUGGAAUAAAAUGUAACAAAUUAACACAUCAUGGUAGAGAUAUGGUUUAUGUUUAGCCAUUGUAUGGCUGUUUAAAGUUAGCUUUUUUGUAAAGCCCUUGUAUAGUAUGGACUGGAUUCAGACUGCAGGGGGUGGAAUGGAUUUAUAUAGAGAGAUUUAGUUUGGAAAAAGAGAAUUCAAUGAGCUAAACCCAUGGAAACAAAGAGGACUGAGAAGAAAGGAAAAUGCGAGAGAGGAAGUCGCCAGACAGGCAGUGAUUACAGGUAUAGGCUAUGUUCUGAAUAGCAUACCAGCAUGCUACUUAUUCUUACUGCAGUAUAUAUUUGUAUACAGUGUACAGUAUGCAAAUUUUAUGUAUGCAUUAAAAUGCCCUACGACAUUUGUUAGAGAACAUCGCAGUGAAUACCGUUUCCCACAAUGCAAUACAUUCGGCUUUUCUUUUUCAGCAUUAUUUUUAGCAUAAAACAUAAGACAAUUUUUGCCCAAACUUUAAUUAUCCCGCACUUGGUCCUUGGUUAUUUCAGACCAAAAAAAAGUAUGUUUUGAAAUGUUUGAAUUUAACAAUAGUACAAAACUUGGUGUCUUUUGUGGCACUUACGAUAUGAAAAAAAUUUAUGUGGACAUGAUUAAAUGAAAAUAUUUAUUUAUAUUCUAUUUAUAUAGAAAUAAAUAAUUUAGAGGUGAUUCUUAUCUGAAAUCCCCUCAAAAUGCUUAAUAUUAAGGGAUCAAACAUUCAAUGUUAUAAGAUCACAUGACAACAACUACACAUUUGCAGAAUAUUGCAAAUUCAAUGGAAGAAGUAGUACUGUAAACAGUAUAUAUUGCACAUUAUUAAGUACUAAGCUGGUAUUCUAAUCCAUUAAAUAAAGGCUCGUAGAAUUGUUGUUGAAUUGUCCAGCUCACAGAAGCUGAGGAAGGGCCUUUGGAAGACUUGUAUAUCAAACUUUAGCCAGAUAUUAAGAAAAUACCUUAAAAAACAAGCAAAAAAGAUUAAAUGUUAUUGUCAAAUGGAUAUUAUUCAGACUAAAAAAAUUAGCUAGUCCAAUUCAUCUGAUAAAUGUUUCCACAUUACACAUUUUCUUUAUAUUACACUGACCACAUUCAAGGUCUAAUAGAAUAAUAUGCAUUCGCUCUAUAGGAAUAAACAAUAUUCAGCACACUUUUUCCACUAGCAGGUGUAAAAGGCUGUUUAGUGUUUUACAGGAGCUGAAUAACAUUGAAUAUGAUUCCAGCAGAGCUUCCAAGGGUCUUUAAAGCUCGGGCAAUCUGUUAGACAGAUUAUGUCAGGAUCUUCGCACGUUUCAAUGCAAAUGACGAUGGAGCUGACCUAUAGGAUGGUUUUCUCUUAAUUUUUCCUUUCUUUUCUUUUCUCUUCUCAUUUUUUACAGAGAUUCCUUUUUUAUUAUUUACCUAGAUUUUUAUAGCUUGUAGAGGAUAUACAAAAUGUUACAGCAGAGUGGCAGCAUAGAUGAAAACAUGCAUUCCUUGAUCAAAGACUUCCAAAAAUUAAUUUAAACAAAAUGUAGAAGAGAACAACAGGAGAUGAACCCCACACUUGGAUAUCAUUACCACUUACAUCAAUUAACCAAUUUGGUUCCCAGUUCUAGGUUUAGAAUGAAAGCAUCAAGAUGUGAUUGUCAUUACGGGUUUGAAAAACAGCAAACUGCCUUUACUGUGUGUCUUUGGCCUUGUUGACCAAGCUGUAGCGGAUUUACAUAAUGCUGGGCUCCAAUAUAAAGAAAUAAAUGAACAAAUCCA